AUCGUAGUGGGAGGUGGGCCCGCAGGUUUCAUGGCAGCCAUCGAGGCUGCUCGCCGGGCGAAGGAGGGAGGGGCGAAACUCGAUGUUACUGUCUUGGAGGCGACGUCCAAGGUGCUGGGGAAGGUGAAGAUCAGCGGAGGAGGAAGAUGCAACGUCAUGCACGACUAUCGCAAGACGACCAAGCUGAUCUCUGAGGGGUACCCGCGGGGUCAGAAACCUCUGCUGGGCCCUCUGAGCAGAUUCGGACCUCUAGAUACCCUCGAGUGGUUCAAGAAAGAGGGGGUAGAGCUGAAAAUUGAAGACGACGGGAGGAUGUUUCCAAUCACAGACAACUCUCAGACCAUCAUCGACGCACUGUGUGGAGCAGCAGAACGAGCUGAUGUCAAGGUCCACACCAAGACGAGGGUCGACGACGUGAAGCUUGUCCGAGACAAAGAGCAGGAGGGAAUCUCGUUCGAAAUCUCGUGCAGCGUUCGUUCAUCUCGUCUUGCCUACGCGUGGGCCACAAAGUUGGGCCACAAGCUGGAGGAUCCAGUGCCGAGUCUUUUCACCUUUAACAUCAAACAGAAAGUUCUCGACGGUCUCGCGGGACUGGCAGUGCAGGAGGUGUGGAUGACGGUUGUUUACAGUCAGAGGGGCCCUGUCCUCAUCACCCACACCGGGUUGUCUGGUCCUGCUAUCCUGCGUCUGUCUGCCUUCGGUCUCUUCCAGUUCCUCCUCCUCUCUUUGCCUCUUUGUCUUGUUGUUUUGCAUUUACUCUUGCUCUCCUGCUCGUCCUGCUCCUCCCGCUCCUCCCGCUCUGUUGGUCCUGCUCCUCCACUUCUACACUUCCCGACGUUGAAUCUUCCAAGGAGGCUCUGGAAGAGGAUCGCGCGGUGCGAGCUGCAGGUGGGAUGGACGAGUUUGGCUGUCCCGCAAACUUACCAGCUGGGGAAGGUCGAAGGCAAGGGGGCUUUCAAAGAAGAGUUCGUAACAGCAGGCGGCGUCCCACUGCCUGAGGUUGACAUGACCAAGAUGGAGAGCAAGGUGGUCCCCGGGCUUUUCUUUGCUGGGGAGCUCCUCGACAUCGACGGCAUCACAGUAGGAGGAUACAACUUGCAGAGCGCGUGGACCACAGGGCAUGCGGCUGGUAGGAGAAGAGGG